CUCUGUAGUAGUCAGUGCGCGCGCGCUAUCCUUCCGUCAACCGUAUAACGUUUUUUCUCGUCCGUGUAAGGUUUCCUCCAGUGGAUGUACGCGGAAAAAGUGGGGCUGGAUCGAGAUAAUGGUAUUGUAAAAUGAAGAGGGAUAAAAAGAAAAAGACGUAAGAACGCAAUAAUUUCCCACCGGUCUCUUAAGUGCUCGAAACAGUCGGCGAUGUACAAGACGGCCAAGCCAACGCCUUCUUUUCGUUUCGAGUUUCAAGUAGCCAAGGAAAAAUACGAGGAGUCGAAAAAAGGAGAGAUAUCCUUUAUUUCUCCUUUCUCCUCUAAUUCUGGAUCUUGGCUUUCGUGGUUGGACAGUCCUUCAAGAGCAAGAAAAUCUUGGUUAAAAGCUUCGUUAGGAACGAACGAGGAGUUUUCGAGGCUUCUUUUGGAACGCUACGCAAGUAUGGGAAUUAUUCGACGAACGCGAGGAACCUCUCGGACUAUCUCGAAUCUCGAGACUUCUCUGAGUUCCCAAUAUUCACCGAAUUCUCUAGACCGUUCUCGAGCCUCAGAUCUUCUAGAAAAUCUUUUUAAUGUCUCUUUUAUGCCUUUUGAGAACGUCGGACUCGUUCCGAUCUUCCGUAUUGUUAAACAUUCAGAAAGGAAUACGAAAGUUUUCGACCGCUGAUGGAAAAUUAGUUAAGUCGAAAUUUUAAUCAUUAAACAUUGAAAUUAAAGAAAUAAUGAAAU